UUCACACAAGCAAGUUUUCAAAUUUGUUCUACGAAAAACAAUCCUAUGUCACUAUGAUCUAAUUGCAAUGCCGUACACUUCUGGGGACAUGUAAAACCAUGUAAAACCAUUCAUGAACCAUGUAAAACCACUCAACAAUUUAAAUUCGACUAUAGAGCACGCUACCCUGAUCUACAGCCGGUAAAUCUCUGACAACGAAGUCUGAUUCGUUGACUAUCGUCGCGUUCAAUAACCGCGACAAUAGCGCCAGUUGUUAUACAGUGGUUUAUCUACGACUGGUAUUUUCGCCUGAAAACCACAAAAGUGCCACAAGUUUAUGCAUGCAUCGCAUCGCAACAACACAGUAUUACAAAUUGUUUCGAAAUAUGAGUAUAUUUACUCAAAAAUUCGACCCCAUAACCGGUCGCAGUGCAUGGGAAAUGCAAGAUCCAGAUUAUGAUUAUCAUCAGGAAGUUGCACGAUCGGCUUUCGCUGAUAUGCUUCAUGAUCAUGAACGUAAUGAAAAAUAUUACAUGGCAUUGAAAGCGGCAAUAGAGAUCAAACACAGAGUUGGUCAAAAAGCAAAUGUUCUCGACAUUGGUACUGGAACAGGAUUACUCUCGAUGAUGGCAGCGAAAUGUGGAGCUGAUUCUAUAAUUGCAUGUGAGGGCUUCAGACCUAUGGCAGAUUGUGCAGCUAGGAUUAUCGAAAAAAAUGGUUAUAGCUCGAUGAUAAAUCUAAUCCGAAAACGUUCGACAGAAAUGACAGUAGGUGAGAACGGGGAUAUGCCUUCGAGAGCAAACAUUUUAGUUACUGAGGUCUUUGACACUGAAUUAAUCGGGGAAGGAGCAUUGUCAACAUUUCAACAUGCGCAAGAAAAUCUGCUAGAAAAAGACAGUUUGGUCGUGCCCAGCAGUGGUACGGUGUGGGCACAAUUAGUAGAAAGCAAUCAUGUCCGUGCUUGGAAUAGAAUAAAUCCCUUAAUUGAUCCUGAUUCGGGAAAAACAUUGAUUGUUCCACCGAAGAAAACAAGCGUUUGUCCAGGUGCUUCAGCAGUUCACGAUAUUCAAUUAUCACAGUUACCAAGAGAAUGCUUCACUCCGUUAUUACCACCACAGCCGAUGUUCACAUUCGAUUGGACAGGAAGGAAGCCUCUAGUGUUUGAGGAGAAUGUGGCCUUACGAGCGAAAGCAAUAGCUUCAGGAACGGCUCACGCAGUUUUCAUGUGGUGGGAUUUGACAAUGGAUUCGGAAAAUAAAAUAUUAUUGAGUUGCGCACCAACUUGGGAGCAUCCGGAUGCCAAAGAGUAUAUGAAAAAUGGAUCCACUCUAGAAGAGGCAUCAGAUAAAAUUCCUUGGCGCGAUCAUUGGAUGCAAGCAAUUUAUUAUCUUCCGGAAGAGCAUUCGGUCGAGAAGGACGAAGAGCUCAUCCUUGUUGGAGCACACGAUGAGUACUCAUUUUCAUUCAAAAUAGAAAAAGCAUUGACGAAACUGACGAAUGGCCAAGAUCGAGAAUACAAAAUUGAUCCACCCACUUGCGAGUGCUCGUUACAUCUCGCCUACUCCAGAACACGUAUCGGUCAACUGAACGAUGCGAAACGAAACGAAAAAUAUGUGCGAGCUUUACACAAGAGAAUAAACAGUGAUACCGUAUGUCUUUGCCUUUCGGAUGGCUCAAUUUUAAGCUUGGCUGCUGCUUCAUUAGGUGCUAAACGAGUCAUUGCUCUUGAACCUUGUUGCCUCUCGCGAAGAACCCUUGAGAAUUUUGUAAAGGCCAAUGACCUCGAAUCACGCGUUACAAUCAUUGAAUCGAUUGACGAUUUGCCCGAUAACGAGAAACCCAGUUUUGUUUUUGGGGAUCCAUAUUACGUCACAUCCAUUCUGCCCUGGGACAAUUUAAGAUUUUGGUAUUUAGCGACUCAUUGUGCACCGGGUGUCCCGAGGAUACCCGAAGCGGCGAAAAUUCGAGCGGUCGCCGUUCAGUUCAAAGAUCUUCACAAAAUUCGAGCCCCUCUCGACAUUUGUGAGGGCUUCGAUCUUUCAACGUUCGACAAAUUCGUACAGGCCUCCAGCGAGAUAAGCGACAAUCCAGUAGAACCUCAUCCUUUAUGGGAAUAUCCAGGGAUUGCUCUGAGUCAACCAUUUGAACUAGCACAUUUUGAUUUGACAAUGGAUCUUAUGAAAAAUCACGUAACUAAUUCAUCUGGCAAAAUUUCAUUUGACGUGCGAGGUUCGUGCAACGGAAUCGCAAUAUGGUUGGAUUGGAUUCUCGACCAUGAAACGACUAUUUCAACGGGACCAACGUGCGAUGUAAUUCCAGGACAGGGAAUAUCUUGGGACUUUCACACGAGACAAGGCGUUUUUUUGUUCAGAAAUAUCAGCGAAAUUAACGAAACAAAUGUACUCAAUUGGACGUUCUCACAUCGUGCUGAAGAAACGUGGCAAUGUGAUUUUGACUUCAACAUCAAAUCACGAUAACCGAAUUCCAUCGUUUGACUCCAACAUAUUACGACACUGUUACAGUUGAUAGUUUUAUUUGUGCUGAUAUCAGUGCUCGCUUCAAUCGCAAGGAUGAUCUACAGAAUUUGAGGAAUGAGCCUUGAAGCCAGAAUAUCGUGUCAAGUCUACAAUACAAUUUCGCACAGCAACUUUAUGUCCAUCCAUGACUGCCCACUGCCAUAAAGCCAAAACACCACAUUAAUAAAUGGAAAAUUGCAAAAAAAAUCGUGGCUCCUUUAAAUUGAGGGUUCCAAUUCAUAUCUUCUUAAGAAGAGCUUCAUAUCCGCAAUAGCUGAAGCCCAAAUUAGCUUUUAUAUGUCUGAUUGACGUGUGUUGCAAAAGUUACACGAUUCAACAAGAGGAAUAUUGAAUAAUAACGAAAAAACAAGAGUGAAGAUAACAGUACAGAGUUCAAAAAGGGCAACAACCACGGUAGAAAAAAGUUUCACGAAAUAACAGUCAUAACAUUUAUUUCUCAUGUAUCCCAUUUUGCCUGUAUCUUGUACGUUCUUUUCUUGAUUAUGCAUAACCAAAAAUGCCACGCGACUUCGCUGUGAAUCUUAAGAACUUGGUCAGCUAAGCUGAAGAAAAAAAUGUCGAAUAACAGUAAACUGUCGAGAGCAUUGUAACAUUGGAGUAGAUUCUGCUUUAGAAAUUACUCCGUUAUAAAAAAAAACGUCACCACAAUAAUGAAUAAAAAUUUGACAAUAUUA